AUGACUACAGGAGAGACCCUCCGGUCCAGGGAAGUCUACAGGUACUACCAACCGAAAAGUAUUUCCAAGGCAACAGACACUCCCGAGCCAUCUCCAGUCGCUCCAAACUACGCACACGGGCCUCAAUUCCUGCCCAAAGUCACCAACUUCAACACCCAGCAGUCCUUCUCCGACACAGCACUUACAGCCUUUGCGCAAUUGAUUGCGCUCCGGCUAAAUGCCCAACGAGCAAUUGUCUCGCUGAUCGAUCACGAAAACGAAUACUUCCUCGCAGAAUCUACAAGUACACUGAGCAUCAACGACGAUGAUGGAGCGCAAAAUGCCUGGCUGUCAAUCAGCGGCGCACGAGUUCCGCGCCAUGCCUCACUCUGCGAGCAGACUCUCAGUUUGAUCCCGAACCAGGAUACAACCGCAGAGAUGACACCCUGGUUCUUAGUUCCGGAUCUACGACUGGAUGAGAAUAUGAAAGAUCUGAACUGUGUUAGAGGAGUGCCAUAUCUGAGGUUCUACUGCGGUGUUCCCCUUACCAAUCUCAAAGGCGUGAAUAUCGGAUGUGUCUACGUUGUGGAUGAUAGGCCUCGUUCGGAAAUAUCUCUGGAGCAGGCACAGUUUUUGACAAAGAUGGCGGCGACGGUUAUGGAUCAUCUCGAAGGUAUUCGGGCAAAGGAGGACAUCGUUCGGGUUACCAUGAUGAGUCAAGCCCUACAUGCAUUCAUAGAGGGUGACGGCACAAUGGAUGGAGAUUGGCAGCGGCUGAAAAGAUACAACCUACCGUCUGGGGCAGGUGUUGGCUUUCAGUGGGAAACGAGCAAGAAUGAUGGCACUGGCAGCUACAGGAAUGGGCAGAAGCAGCUCGGCUCAGGUCUCCCUCGAUCGGCCCUGGCUAUGCAAUCAACUCCGCUUCAUUCUCCUCUGCAGCAUUCGGGAGUCAGUGUCGAUGCGCGUUUCAACUUCAACAACUCUCCCUGGAGUUCUUCUACCGAGGUUGCUCAAGUCCCUGUGUUGAAGUCCGUCUUUGAGGGAGCAGGGGAUACAGUCCAGGAAAUCCUGAGUGGUGGCCGAGACGACGAGUUUGCGAAUAAUGGAUUCGCCACACGCCUACAUGCUGCCUUCUCUCGAGCAUCGAAUUUGGUCCGAGAGGGUAUGGAGGUAGACGGAGCCGUCUACUUCGAUGCGCCAUAUCGAUUCUACCAAGGGAGAAGUACUUUAGAGAUGGACCCGCGCCGUUCUAAUGAAUCAGAUACUACAGAUUCGGACUCGGGCUCGGACGGUGAAGUUGACGACUCGGAAGUCAGGCCCGGUCCUCGACCCCAUGUCCUGCCUCACAGUCAUCACUCCUCAGCAACUCAUUCCCACACAAGUCACACCCAGAGCGAAGGACUAGCCACAGUGUCAUCGAUGGGUAUCAAGUCAGAUAUUCUUGGCUUUUCGACUGGCAUGUCUUCUUCUUGGAAGAAGAAUAAUAAUAACCCUCCACGAACUUUCACACCUAUCGACCAAAGCCUUCUCACUUCCUUGGUCAGGAGAUAUCCACAAGGAGAAUUAUUUGUCUUUGACAAGGACGGCCCAGUUUAUCCCGAGUCAGAUUCCAGUUCGCGAGAGUGCUCCGUGGUCACAGUUGUCGAUACAACCACAGAAGAGAAGCGCGCUCGGCGUGCGGCAAGGAAGCGUGCUGAUAUUCUGCGUCUAUUAAUUGCUUUCCCCGGUGCUCGACAAAUUUUCUUCGUCCCUCUUUACGAUUCAACAUCUGGAUGCUUCAUUGGAUCUUUUGCGUGGUCUACAUCCGCCACUCGAAUUUUCACUGCUGAAAAUCAUCUCUCAUAUCUAGUUGCUUUUGGACACUCUGUCAUGUCGGAAGUCAGCCGACUUAAUACCCUGAGCGCCGAUAAAGCCAAAGGGGAUUUCAUCAGUAAUGUUUCUCAUGAGCUCAGGAGUCCUUUGCAUGGAAUUCUUGCGAGUGUGGAAUUCCUUGCAGACACCGUCCUGGAUGGAUUCCAGAGGAAUCUAGUUGACACCGUCGACAUUUGUGGGCGAACUCUACUCGACACGAUCGAGCAUGUCUUGGACUUCUCGAAGAUCAAGAAAUUUGGGCAAGCGACUAUGCAGCCGUUGGGCAUCGUCGCUGAUCUCGAUGUAUCUGCUGUGAUUGAAGAAGUUCUCGAAGGAGUCUACGCAGGAUUCGAAUUCAAUGGCUUGUCUUCGGAAGGCCUAGCUGACACUACCAAGAGCCGGAGCAAAGACACUGGUUCAACAGAGCAGCGAGCAAAUACCCCGACAGAUGAACUUGUUGUAUCCCAGGACAAAGUCACAGUGAUAAUUGAUAUAGAUUUCAAAGAUCAGUGGAAGUUUCCUACCGUCCCUGGUACUUGGAGACGCCUCACGAUGAACAUCUUUGGCAAUGCCUUAAAGUAUACACCUGCUGGAUUCGUCAAGAUCAAGCUGGAAGCUCACCCGAUAGCACCUGAGGCAGGCUCAAAAUCUAGCGCCGCGGAUAGAACGAUGGUUACGUUGACCGUGACUGAUUCUGGAAAGGGAAUGUCAAAGGAGUUCAUGGAGAAGAAAAUGUUCAUGCCUUUCUCGCAGGUUUGA